AACUGUGAUGACGCUGAUAUCGUUCGCCUAUGCCUAGAAGGACUUCGUCACGCCAUCCGGAUCGCUUGUAUCUUUCAUAUGCAGUUGGAGCGUGACGCAUUUGUUAGCUCUCUCGCCCGAUUUACAUUGCUUCUUACCUCUGCAGGCGGAGUUGUUGCCAUGCCAAGUACCACAAUUACUAACAGCGUAGUAGGCGGCAGUAUCAGUAACCUAUCGACUCACAAUAGCUCCUCACAGUCGACUGUCGAUUCUGGGUUUUCAUCCACAUCUCCUAGAAGCCAAAAGUUUGGAGAAAAUGAUUAUGCUUCUGCGAGACGUCCAAGGUCAGAGAUGACUCCACUUGCCUCUUACGGGCCUCCCGCUCAUGUGAGCUGUUAA